AUGGACAUCCUUAAUGAUCUUGACCCAUCGCCAAUCUCCCUGGCAUCCUCGACUGGAACAUCAAUUACCCUCCCCUGGGCUAUGUCAGAGAGCGGUCAGCUGAUCGCACAACUUGGAACAGGUUGCCAUUUAGGCAAACUCCAGAGCAACAAUGCUGUGGCGCCCUUCGAGACACAACCUGCCAUAUCUGCCGGCACAUUCCGGGAGAAUAUCCGCUUUCGCAACGAAGUUGGGGCCAAAUCAUCCUUCCACAAGGCUAUUACAUUUAGUCAAGCAAAUAAAUCGGACCAUAUGAUCAUGUCGGCGGAAGUUUCGGCGGGCUGUGAAUUUGCCAAUGACAUGAAGGGGUCUGUUCAGUCUACUAUUCGGACCGGGGUGAUUUAUUUCGACCAACCCAGGCUUUCUUUAGAUGCUAUUGCUGAUAUACGACGCUCUAAGAGAGACCGGGUCUACUUUUCCCAGCAAUACGGGGAUUACUACGUGGCGAGUCUGCGUCUGGGCGCUGAUGCUGGCCUCCUCGCCUCGGUCUCAACCAAGAAUCGGUCCGAGUCCGAGAGCUUGGAGGUCAAAGCUAAACUACAUGUAUUAUGGUGGGAUAUCGAAAAGAGUUACAAUGAGGAACACCAUGCUCACGAGGCUUGGUCUGUGUUCGAUAUUACUGCGUUUGAAACAUUGAGUGGGUUAAAUGUUCAAAGUGGAGCUUUGCAGCAAGACCCCCAGACGGUGGCUUGGAACUACAUCCAGGGAGUGAGCAAUUUGGAGAAAAGCGUCAGGGAUAAAAUGAGCGAACUGGGUUUGGAGGAAGACAAAUCCUUGACGCAUGAGGAUGUCCAGAAGAUUUGA